ACCCCAAAAGCACAAGAAUUCUUUAGGAGGAGAACGGUUGAGUUUAUCCAUUUCUUUUUUGAAGACGGUUCCAUGUAUUGUACAUUUGGCAUAAGAUGAGAACUUUGUGAAAUAUUCUGCCCAACAGCCUAAGCGAUGACUACCCCAGCCCUGCUGCCCCUGUCUGGACGCAGGAUUCCACCUCUGAACCUGGGGCCGCCCUCCUUCCCGCAUCACAGGGCUACCUUGAGACUUUCCGAGAAGUUUAUUCUUCUCCUGAUCCUUAGUGCCUUCGUCACCCUGUGUUUUGGGGCAUUCUUCUUCCUUCCAGACUCUUCAAAACACAAACGCUUUGAUCUGGGUUUAGAAGAUGUGUUAAUUCCUCACGUAGAUGCUGGCAAAGGGGCUAAAAACCCUGGAGUCUUCCUGAUCCACGGACCUGAUGAACACAGACACAGGGAGGAAGAAGAACGUCUGAGAAAUAAAAUUCGAGCUGACCAUGAGAAGGCCCUGGAAGAAGCAAAAGAAAAAUUAAGAAAAUCAAGAGAGGAAAUCCGUGCAGAAAUUCAGACAGAGAAAAAUAAGGUAGUUCAAGAAAUGAAGACAAAAGAGAAUAAGCCACUGCCGCCAGUCCCUAUUCCAAACCUUAUAGGAAUCAAUGGUGGGGACCCAGAAGAUGAUGAUGUCAGAAAGAAGAGGGAAAAAAUUAAAGAGAUGAUGAAACAUGCCUGGGAUAACUAUAGGACAUAUGGAUGGGGACACAAUGAACUCAGACCUAUUGCCAGGAAAGGCCAUUCUACUAACAUAUUUGGAAGUUCACAGAUGGGUGCUACCAUAGUAGAUGCUUUGGAUACCCUUUUUAUCAUGGGACUUCAUGAUGAAUUUGUAGACGGGCAAAGAUGGAUUGAAGACAACCUUGAUUUCAGUGUGAAUUCGGAAGUGUCUGUGUUUGAAGUCAACAUUCGAUUUAUUGGAGGCCUCCUUGCAGCAUAUUACCUUUCAGGAGAAGAGAUAAGGUUUCUGCUUUCCCCUGGACUGGCUUUCAACUGCUCCUCAGAAUGGGGAGAUUCCACCUCUUCUCGUCAUCACCACCCUAAGUACCAGGUUUCCAUGAACCUUUGUGGAUUAUACUCAAAUUGUAUCCAAACUGUAGUGUGGGGUUUUGAGGAAAAGUUGG